AUGCCUAUCGACUGCCAGCUCUUCACCACUCUCCACAAAGUCACCGUCAAUGUCCCCAAUGCCACUCUCAAGCCCACCUUAGAAGCCAUUUUAGAGGCAAUGGAUCGUGUCCCUAUUGAAACUACCAAGAAGACCCUUAGAGGUUACUUGGCUGAUCUGGACGAUCUGAUGCAAUUGGAGGCUGAUUGUGAAGCUCUGGUCCAACAGCAACAGCAACAACAACAAGAACAAGAAGAUGUCGAAGAAGAAGAUGUCGAAGAAGAAGUCGUCUACUUGACUCCUACUGAAGAUGAAGCCUCCAACGUUGAGGAACUCCAACCCUAG